AUACGGGCCUAGUGUAUAGUAACAUAGCCUAUAUAUACUGCUAUGCCACAAUCUGUGUCUAGCAGCUCUAUUGUAACUGAAGUUCGUUUACUCAGUAGUGCGUUGCUUCGUUGUGAGCGGAAUCCUGCUUUAUUUCCUGCACAUGUGCAGCGUUUACGUUCAUUAGCAUUUGAAGUUCGUCGUAUGCGUUCUUCACUUGGUAUUAGUCAGGAAUGCUUGGCCGCUGAUUCAUUACCUCUGGAGCGUGCUGGUAGGGUUGUAUAUGCUUUAUACGACCAUCGCGGUUCUGAUGUGUUUUAUUUGGCGUCUAGGGAGCCUGCUGGUAUAGAUCUAUAUCGUCUGUAUCUGUUUGCUCAGCGUAACCGUGGCAAUCCGCUGUUGGACUAUUUGCGGAGAACUGAUUUCAGUUUAUUAGGCAUUUACCCAUUGGAAUCCAUUGCUGUUACUGGAGUACCAUUUUCUGUGAUUUCAAGGUCAAGGUUAAUAUACUGGCGAUCUGUAUUGUUAUAUUAAUGCGGUGCAUCAUAUUUCUAAUGCUAGGUAUAUGAUG